UCGAAGUUGCCUGUAAUGUGAAGUGAGGUUACGUCUUUGUUUAGUGGAGAAAUGUUUGGGCUUUGUUGUCCGAAAUUGAAAUCGGCUGAAUUCAAAAGCCGCAAUUCAAUUUAAUGGCAGAAAUUAUCCAAGAAUGGUUUCAACUAGAGGUCUCAAACCAAAGUUUAUCGAAGGAGAAAGAGUAUUAUGCUACGAACCUGAUCCAACAAAAGCUAAAGUCUUAUAUGACUCGAAAGUCUUAGACGUAGUAUUCAAUAAGGACCAGAAAGGAAAAAAAAGUGUAGAGUAUUUAAUACAUUUCCAAGGUUGGAAUUCAUCUUGGGAUAGAUGUGUUAGUGAAGAAUUUGUUCUGAAAGAUACUCCUGAAAAUAGACAGCUACAAUGGGAUCUUGCUGAAAAGUCACAGCUACAACUUGGUGCCUAUCUGUAUCGAAAAGAUAGGAAAAAACCAACAAAAAAAGCGAAUGAAGGUACAGCAGCUCAGUCUUCUGAGGAUGGUAGUUCAGGUAGCCCGGCAAGAAUGGAUACAGACGAAGGACAGGCCUCAAGCAGUUCGGAAGAUGAAUCUUCAACUGAUGGAGAAUAUAUGCCCGUUGAAAUAACACCAAAUUUGAAACAGUUGUUGACAAACGACUAUUAUAAAAUCAAUAAUCACAAAAUGUUGCAUAUAUUGCCUUGUGAGCCAAAUGUGGCAACUAUUCUUGAAAUUUAUUUCAAACAUUAUGUACAUCAGCAAAUGAGCAACAGCACUGAAAAAACUAGUACUAGGAAUAGGAGCAAUCCUCCACCGAAACCUUCUCUUAUGGAAAUACACAAAACGAUUUUAUCAUUUAGGGAAUUUCUAGAUGGCGUCAGAAUUUAUUUCGAUAAUUAUUUGAACGACUUACUCUUGUAUAAAGAUGAAAAAGGUCCGAAUCUUUAUCCGACGUCUCAAGCGGUAUAUCCAUCAAUCACAUCUAUGAAUCCAGUUCUGCAAGACACUAAAGCAAAACGAAACAAGAAAUCAGCGACUGAAGCAGAGAAUGGGGUUCAAAAAAAUAGAAUUGCUGAGCAGGAGAGCAAUGUCGGUACUUCAAGAAAGAAGUCGUUGAGGUCGUAUGCAAAUCAAGAGAAUCAACAAGCUUCAAAUGGUAGCAUCGGCGCAGUGGAAGCUGUUGCUAUCGCCAACAAUGACAAACCUGGUUCCAGUGUUGCCAGUAGCAGUUCAGCGGAAACUUCCGCUGGUCCAUCUUCAGCAGAUUCUAUCACUUGGAAAGCCCUUCCAGAUUUUGUGUAUAAUCAACGACCUCUGCCACCAUGUUUGGUUUACGGAGCUACACACCUGACUAGACUGAUGGUGAAAAUAUCAGAUAUUUUAGCUGCUUCCACCAUAACACAGGAAAAACUGAAGGUUGUUGUUGAACAUUUAGAACUUCUUAUAGAUUUCCUGAGUGACCAUAGUGAAUGGUUUGGUGAUAAGUAUUACAGAGUGGCUUAGAAAAACAACAAUCUGAUUUGAAUUGUCUAUUUCUGGUGGAUAUUUGGUAACAAAUGAAUGUAUAUGUAUAAAUUAGUUAUUUCAUUAUGUAUAAAAAUAGAAAAGAUCUUUAAUAAUAAUUGUCCUAUAUCUUAAGUGAGUUGUAAGUGCAGAUGAAUAAGUAGCAUUGAUUAAUUUAUUUUAGCUGAUAAACUUACUCGUAAUACUGAAAUAUCGACUGAGAAAGAGAUUACAAUUAGAAAUUUUAGCAUGUAACGAUAUACAUUAAGAGAAAAAUAAAAAAUAAAUAUACAAUGUUUAGAAUUAAGAUUUUAAAAAACUUUUAGAAAUAUUUUCUGUAGACUCUAGUUUAAGACUUCUCUUUUAUACCAUUACUUUUAAUAAUUCUUGAGACCUGACCAUUAAAAUGAAUUAUUUUUUA